AUGGACCCAACAGAAUACUUGUUGGACAAUGGCUGGCUACCUUCUCCUGUCAUUCGGGUCGGAAUCAGGCGACAACUCGCUCAGCGCUUGCAGAUGACCCAGGCCGAGUCACUGGCUGAAGCAUACGAGCGCAAAAUGUCCUAUGUGGCUGCUCUGCGCCAACGACCUAUCGCAAUCGAGACAGACAAAGCCAACACACAGCACUACGAAGUUGGUACGUCGGUGUUGCAAGCCUGUCUGGGCCCGCGCAUGAAGUAUUCCUGCUGUCUCUACCCUACCGGCAAGGAAACACUGGCACAGGCCGAAGUCGCUAUGCUGGAGACGUACGUCCAGAAAGCGGACCUACGGGAUGGUCAGGACAUUCUUGACCUUGGCUGUGGAUGGGGUAGUGCCAGUCUGUACCUGGCCGAGCUGUUCCCCAAGUCAAAUGUCACGGCGUUUUCGAACUCCAGGACGCAGAAGUUGUAUAUCGAGGAGCAGGCCAAGAUGAAGGGCCUGGCGAACCUGAAGGUCGUUACUGGUGAUGUGGUGUCGUAUGAGUUUACGCCAGAUGCUUUCGACCGAGUGGUCUCGAUUGAGCUGUUCGAGCACAUGAAGAACUACAAGCUGCUGAUGCGGAAGCUCGCGCGGACGCUGAGACCCCGUGGAAAGCUGUUUGUUCACAUCUUCACCCACAAGGAUUCGCCGUAUGAUUUUGAGGAAGGGUGGAUGAGCACACAUUUCUUCACUGGUGGGACGAUGCCAUCGGCGGAUCUGCUGCACUUCUUCCAAGACGAUUUGACGCUGCAGAAACAGUGGUGGGUCAGUGGGAAGCACUAUGCACAGACCUGCGAGGACUGGCUUAGCAAGAUGAACGCCAGUAAGCAGGAGAUAUGGCCGGGAUUAGAGGACACGUAUGGAAAGGACAAAGCAGCCAUGUGGUUCUAUCGAUGGCAGAUCUUUUAUAUGGCGUGCGCGGAACUGUUUGCGUAUGAGCGUGGUGAUACUUGGGGUGUCAGCCAUUAUCUGUUCGAAAGAAGCAGUCACGGGAAGCAAGGCGAGUAUUUGGGGCAUUGA